AGCACGUCGCCAGGAAAGAGAACAUAACACUGACUCUCCAACCACAAGUGCAAGCCCUCUGAGCAUGUCACUUAAAUCUGAUGACUCUGAUUCAUUUAUGGAGUACAUGUCCAUGAGGCCAAGAACUGCCAGCGACAGCUACAACUACAGGCCCAGAACAUCGAGCUUUGGGAAACUUCAGCCAAUGUGCAGGCCUCGCUCUGCUAGCCACGGCCAGGGUACAAGGCCUUUCCCAAAGUUCAGUAAACUGGCGGUAGAACAGUCCAGAAUAUCCCAGGAUCCCAUGCAUAGAACAUCCAUGGAGUCGUCUUUACAAGGCUCAUUUGACUCCCUGCGUGUGUCCAAUGAGAGCCUGAGGAAAACGUCUCAAGAGAUCAGAAAGAAGAGUGGUUCUAAUGCAAGUGACUAUGCUGAAAUGAGGGGGACGCCAUCUCCACAGCUUAAGCUGGUCUCAUCUGAGCCUGAUGGCUAUGUCAACAUGCAGCCGGGAACAGCUGGAAGGAAGUCGUCACCUCAUCGGAUUAGGUCAGAUUCUAGCGGCAGCGGGCGCCGGCCAGACAUAAGAACUAACAGUUCUGACCGCUUGCAGCAGCAGACCCACUUGCAACAGAUUGAUGACUAUACAGAAAUGGCCCCAACAAACGUUUCAUCAGGGGGUAGCAGAGAUUCAUACAUGAAUAUGGAUUACGGGACACGUCAAAGCAACAUCAGUGAUGUGAAGCUGACGGGAGCAACCAUACCUCCUUCACUUUCCAAUGAUUCAGAGUACAUGACAAUGGAACUUGACAGUAAAAAAUCUAGGUCAGACACAGGUAGAUCUGUGUCUAUGGAGAAUGUAGACACAUACGUUAUGUAUGAUCCUUCGCAUAGUGCGGGUAAUAAACAGAGAACAGGUUCCCUGGGUUCGAAAGAUAAACAAAUAUUUAGACCUACCUCCUCUAGGAAGCCCUCAUCAGUUUCAAUGUCAUCAUGCUCUCCAUCAGCAUCAUCCGUCAUAGUUCAACAGCAGCCAUCUGUAUCCACAUCCACUCGUACAGGGGGCAGCAGUGACUCCAUACGUAAAGCCUCACGCCAGUCAUCAAUGGAAAAAUAUAGUCUUGGUAAAGACUUCAGGAAGAAAAGUGGCUCAACAGGCAGCAGGCCGAGCAGUGCCAAGCUUCCCUUUAGUAUGGGAAAGGACCAUAAUGCACCUGGCUUCGGUAUAAUGCCAGUGAGGAAACCUGCUUCAACAUCUGCUCCUGUUGACGAUCUUGAUGACGAAUAUAUUGAAUUUUCACCUACGGCUACAAAGGGGGAUAGCUCACAUCCAAAUUCUCACCAUCCCACACAGCUCCAUUCCUCGGUACAACCCAGCUCUCACCCCAGUAGGGGCGUUCCAUUUUCAUCUAGUGGAGGCUUCAGCUCAGCACAUCCCCUGCCAUCACCUGCUGAAGAAGAGGCCUACACACUGUACAACCCUGCACCACAGUUCGCAUCAAAAACUGUGCAUUUCCAACCACAGAAACCACCACCAUCCAAACUUAACAUUCCAUCUUCUGCCAAACAAGGGGCAGCCAAGGAAGCUCAGGACUAUGUUGGUUUUGAGCCUGGCCCUCCCAUUCACUCUGUGGUAUCCCCAUCUACAUCACACAGGAAAAUUAAUGAAGCUCAGGAAUAUGUGGAAUACCAGCCUGCAACUGCUCCAGGAUACUUCACUUUUUCCCCUUCAUUGCAGCCUCAUGAAUCCUCAAGAGCAGACGGUCAGGAAUAUGUUGGCUAUGAGCCCGGUCCAGUGAGCUCGCAGGGUGCCAGCAAGCCAGUGUCACCCAACUCGGUCAUGUCCUACAUCAAAGGGUCGAGCAGUGAUUUAACAACUGGGAAAUCUAAACAAAGCCAGGGUCCCAAACAACAGCAGACAUUCUCAGAUUUGUCCAACAAAACUGGCAGAGGGGACGCUGCUCCUGGCAAGUUGAGCCCAAGUAAUAGCACCCACAAGACAGAGCUACCGUUUAAAGAAGGUCAGAUAUUUACUUUUCCAGGGAACUCUCAGUGGAGCUCCCCAAGUGCCUCAUCCUUGUUGUCCCCAAAUGCAGCCCAGCCACCUCCUGUUUAUGUAACGAAUGCCCAAAAUCUGCAGCAUCCCGGGACAGAAAAAGUUGCCCAACACUCUAACUUUGUAAAUAAGACAAAUCCGGCUCCGUUCUCUUCAUUUAGUACAGCACCGCCAUUUCCAGUCUCCAGCAAAACUCUGACAUCAGAUCCAUUUAAAGACGGCCCUCACCCCGACACAGCACAGCAGUCAAAGCAACCUAAAGCACCUCCUCUUAUUGCUGGACCACAAACUGGGCAACAGUGUUUACCUGCUACUCAAAGUGGCCAGCAGUGUUUACCUGCUACUCAAAGUGGCCAGCAGUUUUUACCUCCUACUCAAAGUGGCCAGCCAUGUUUGUCUACAACUCAGAGUAGCCAAAAUUGUUUGCCUUCUCCUCAAAGUAGCCAAAAAUGUUUACCUGCAACUCAAAGUAGCCAACGUUUUUUACCUGCAACUCCAAGUAGUCAGCCAUGUUUAUCUGUAAUUCAGAGCGGUCAGGAAUGUUUAUCUGCUGCACAAACUUGCACACAGAGUCAGAGUUGUUCCCAAAAUACCGUAUUAAAUGAAGGGAACCAUUAUGUUAGUUACAAUCCAGCUCAGUCAGGUUCUUUUAAGAGCCCAAAAGAAGAUUUAGCUCCAGAGACACCACUUCCAAGUGCAUGCCUUCUUCAAGGAGCCCAAACUUUUGGGGGAGCUAAGCCAAGUGUUUUCACCGAGCUCACUAUAGACACUGGUGUAGAAAACUCCUUCCAAGGAAAUGUUAACCAACCACAAAAGAAUUCACAUGGAUACCAACGUCAGACAUCUGCUCCAGCAAGUACACAUCCCAGCCAGGCUUUAGACACACCCAAAUCCAAUCCCACUGCUCAACAGCCGCAAGUAACUUCAGAUUCUACUGUUGCUGAGGUUAACAAACAGAAAAAUUUAAGUGGAGCACAAACCUCCUCCAACCACCAGCCCAUGUCUCCGAUUCCAAGUUCAGAAAACUCCAAGAGGCAUAAACAUCUGAGUGGAUCCUCCACAUCCGAUGCGCCAUCUCCAUCAGCAUCAACAAACAGACACAAACACCCUAGUGGCUCCUCCACAUCAUCUCAGAAAUCUCGAAAGGCCUCCACAGACUCUGAGAAAUCCAUCAGCAAAGGGAGCAAGUCAGACUCGAGGGGCAACAACCAAUCAGAUUCUAACUCAUCCUUAAAUUUAUCUGGAGGAAAAACAAAACGGAGGAUGCCAAGUGGGGAUAAAUCACCAGGUAGCAGUGCUGAGAAAAGUCCCAUGUCUCCAACACGCGGUGGUGGUGAGUUUUUUUGUGGUGAGGCCAGCCCUGUGGCUGGUAAAGAUUUAGAGGCCAAGAUGGCCGUCGUCAAGGCCAAGAUUCAGCAGAGCUUUGGUGACGUGUCCGGGAUGGUGUCCUCUACCAGCAAGGAUGGACAUGGUCAAAGCUUGGGAGACAUGACAGCCGCUUGCAAAAAGGAUGGGCAUGGGCUCAUCAGACCAGGAAGUACUCCGUGCAUGCAGAGUCUUGAUGCUGCCCCAGAUGUCAGCCGAUCAGCUGGCGACACCCCAAACUUCAGUUCUCGAUCAUGCUGUCUUCAGUUUUCGUCCAGCUCCAGAACAAGACACAGCAUACCGGAUCUGGGCAACUACCAGCAGAUUAAUUUUGCCAGCAGCUCUGGAUUGGUCUCCACCGGCUCUGAGCAAAAAGUCAACACGAGCAGCAGCAACAGUGGGAGCGGCGAGAGCUGUGGCAGCACCCACAGUGAGCCGGCCUUCAAGCCUUUGAUUUACGUCAAGCUGGAUCUGGGCGGCUCGGAAGGUCAGGGAGAUGCAGACUUGAAGGUGCCCCGGAUCAAGAGUAGAAACUCCUCUGACGCUGAUGAGAAGCAACCACCGCUUUCCUAUGCUCAAAUAGAUUUUGUUAAGUCUCAGAAUUUAAACAAAGGGAAGUCAAUGACCAUGGCUGGUGGAGACAGUUCCAGCAAAUCUUGAAAUGAGGCGAAUGUUGUGAGAAAAAAGAAUUACAAUGGAAUUUUUUUCAUUUUUAUCUUCAAACUGUGCAUAAGACUUGGGUCAAUGCAUGGAUGCAUUUAUUACUAUUCUGAUAUUUGUCUCGCUAUGAAAUCCUAGAAACAUGUGUUAUUUAAAGCGGAUAAACAAAACUAUAUUGGAAUCGGCCUGGCUGUCCUUAGACAUAGAAAAUGCACUUGAUAACCUGUUCAUUUUUUCCCAUUCAUGUGACUGCUUGAUUUAGUGUAAAGUGUCCUUCAUCUAACCAGCAGCCCCACCACAGAUGUUGAAAUUAAUUUGGUCUUAUAGUAACCUUACCUCCUCUUGUACUAGUCAAGGAACUCUCCACACCCCUAGCAGAAGAAGGAUCUUUUGACACAGUAUUAACAUGGUAGAUGUGACUGUGUGCAAGUUUGUUGGUUCAUUUUUUUGUUGUUGAUUUUUUUCUACUUGUUGAUGGUGGGAGGUAUUGGGUAAAAUCAUGCAGUUGUUGUGGCUGGAGCAGUAGAUUUCACACCUUGAGGGUACAAAAUACAUCGUCUAUGAUGCAUUCUGUUGAUGCAGCUGGCUUACUGUUGUUUUCCUUGAUUGAUGAUACUAUGUUAUGAUUUCUAGAACUAUCAGGCUGCAAUGCGCAACAACCACCAUAUCUUUGGGAGGGUUGUCUUUUUUAAAGAUUUGAAUGGUAUUCUCUACUUAAUGGCUAUAUGAACUAAGAGUGAGGUUUAAUAAAUAAAACUGCUGUAAAAACCAGGUGAAAGGCUUUCGGUGUUUACCUAAAAUUGAACUAUAAUUUUAACAUAAAAAUUUCAAAUAAAUGCACAGUUUCCUAACUGACUGUGAUUAAGAAGUCUUGCAAAUUUGAAUAUCCAACAAUACCCGACCCCUCUCAUUUCAGAUUAUCUAACAUAUGAAUGACAAAAAGGGUAGUUAUGUUUUUUUCAAUCUUGGAUUAUUGUUGUUUUUUUUGUUAUCAUGAAAUAUUUUUUUAAAUCCCAGACAAGACAUUUCUUGUGAUUUUUCUGAAAAAAAAAAUAAUUGAAUGUUUACAAUGAUUGCUUUUUUGUAAAGCAUGACUCAAAAGCAAGCACUUUUUUUUAAAUAAUAACUUCUGACAGCCGUUACAGUAAGUGUGUAAUUGAAAGCAUGCACAGGUCUAUUGUAGCAAGCAAAUGCAGGUCAAUGCUGGCAAGCACACGGGUUCCGUUUUUUGAAAUUUGAAAUAACCUUCAUAUUUUGUACUUCUAGAUGUAUUUAACGUUUUCAUUUCAUGCCAACAGAGCUCUACUUUUACCUUCUGGCUGUAUGAUGCGAUUAUUUUGAUGUGUGAAUUAAUCAUCUGUCAAUGCAUUUUUGUCUGUAAUCAAGACAAUUGUUUUUUUUAAACUGUUCUUUUUUUUUUAACUUCCACACUGAUUUAUUACAAAUUUUUUAUUAAACCCAAACAUCAGCACCAUUUUGAUAUGAUACAUCAGACAUUUCCCAUUUGCUAAUGAAUACUUGAUAACUUGUCACACUUUUAAUUGGUGUUAAGUUUUUCUUUUCUACGCUGAUUUAGAUACCGUAACAAUUUAGACAGUGGUGAGUGAGACAUUCAAAUUUAAGUUGCCAAUUAUAGGGAAAUAACGUGAUCACAAAACUUAAGUACAACUACAACUCAUUAUUACAAGUUAACUAGUGAUCCACUGUUACAGAAAUGUCGUUGUGUGUCUCGCUUUUAUAUAAAUGUUUGGUGAGACGGCUAUUAAUAUAAUGUAUAUAAAUCUGUUGUGUAUGAGGCCAUUAGUGAUACGUGUACAUUUAUGACAAUGUCUGUUAUGAACAAGGCCACUAGUGAUAUUUGAUGUAGCAAAUUUCCAUUAUUGCUCAUUGAUGUAUAUACAUAUUCUGUAAUAUUGUUAUACUGUGAAAUAAUAAAGCAAAAAUUUCCUCAAGACAUGAUU